AUGCACAUGCGGGAAUGUGCUGCGGUAACAAAAGAUGAUAGUCUUCUGACAGCGAAGCAAAAACUUCAAGGAUCUUCUCUUUUAAGAGAUCACAUCGGGAUUAGGAACAAGAAUAUCAAUAAUGUCGAAUUAAAUGAGCAAUAUAAGGAUGCACGUUUAACUUCAGGUGCUUUAAGGCGUCGUAAUCAUGAAUCUUCGAUUGUUUUCGGUACUGACUAUGAUAAUAAUCGAAUGCUACGAAAAAAAGAAACAGAAAAUGUUGUUUCGUUUCAGCGGCAAUCCAAGGAGUAUGAAGAUAGUUAUAAUGGUGAUCCAAAAAUGCUCUUAAAGAUUCGAGAAGGAAGAAAUCAUUCUGCUGAAACUCGUGACAACAUUGGCUUAAUUCUGCAACCCAAGGAAGGAAGACUGUUAGGGCAAAGCGCAGCACAUCAUGAUUAUGGGCAAAAAGAAAGAGAACGACACCAUAUGCAUAGAAAAGCAGAUAUUACCGACAGUGACAAAGAAACUCAAACCAAAGCUGAAUUCACGCCAAAACAUGGAGAGCGUUAUGAAACGGUUCGACCUCGAACUUCUGAUUUCUGGAAGAAAGAAGGAAAAAUUGAAAAAAAUUCAGUAGCACAUAUGGACUACUUGGCUUGGAAAGGUGAACGAUAUCCUGUAAUUAAACCAAAAGAUUCAAAUAUUCUAACUACUUUUGAUGGUGGAAACUCUUUUGAAACACAAAAAAUGGUGGACUUUAAGGCUUGGAAAGGGGGACGAUCAAAAAUGGCUCGACCUGAACCAUCUGAUAUUUGGAAACGAGAAGGUAAAAUGGAGAGCAAAACUGUCACACAAAAAGAUUUCAUGGAAGUGAAAAGCGAACAAUAUCCAAUUCGCAAGCCACAAGAUUCCCGCAUACUUUCCGAUAAUGCUAAAUAUGUAGCAAAAACAUCAAUCAUUGUACAUGAUAUGGCGAAGAUCAAUCAGCGCUGUGAUGUAACAAGAACCAACGAUUCAGAAUUGUGGAACCGCUCUUGUAAAUUAGAAGGACAAAGUGUUACUCAAAAAGAUUAUAUUGCCGCCGAAAACAAAGGACGUAAUGCAGAAAACAAAGAUCAACAUUUCCAUUACAAAAAUAGUAAAAGUUUUAAAGAAACGAUGAAGAAUCCUGAACUCCAAGAAGAAAAAAAACAAAACCAAAAAUUGAAACCACCGAUUUACGCAAAUGAGCAAAAAGAUCGACAGCAAAAGGAAGAUGAACGCAAGAAAGCUUCGUAUAAAGAUUACAAUGGUAGUAGAGAGAAAUGCUGGAUGAUAUCAAAUGAACAGGAUUCAGACAUACCACAUGAAAAUAACUCCCUCACGUCAGAAACCCUUAUUGGCAAAGAAUACACAAAAAAGAAAGGCAACAGAUUUGAAGCGAUACGACCUGGAGAUUCUGAUAUAUGGAAG